AUGGCAAUUCCAAAAGCUUACUGCUCUUUAGCCAUUCUUGUCAUUCUAUUUGCGGUUUCAAGUAGCCAAAAUGUUUGCAACCCGAGCUGCAAGGCUACAGAACCUUUCAAUUGCGACAAUGCGCUUACAUUCAACCGAAGUGGUUUCCCAAAAAACUUCACUUUUGGUGCGGCUACUUCCGCGUAUCAGAUUGAAGGUGCUGCGCAUAGAGCAUUUAACGGAUGGGACUAUUUCACUCAUAGAUAUCCAGAAAAAGUUCCAGAUCGCAGUUCGGCAGACCUUGCUUGCGAUUCGUAUGAACUUUAUAAGGAUGAUGUUCAAUUACUGAAAAGACUAAACGUCCAAGCAUACCGAUUCUCAAUAGCAUGGUCAAGGGUCUUACCAAAGGGAAGGUUGAUUGGAGGAAUAGACGAGAACGGAAUCACAUACUACAACAAUCUCAUCAAUGAAUUAAAAGCAAAUGGCAUAGAACCGUACGUGACAAUAUUCCAUUGGGAUGUUCCGCAAACUCUAGAAGACGAGUAUGGAGGAUUCUUAAGUCCAAGAAUAGUGGAGGAUUUCAAGAACUACGCGGAGCUUCUAUUUCAAAGAUUUGGUGAUAGAGUGAAGUUUUGGAUCACGUUGAAUCAACCUUACUCCCUCGCAACCAAAGGUUAUGGAGAUGGAUCAUAUCCACCAGGUCGGUGCACUGAUUGUGAAUUUGGAGGAGAUUCUGGAACCGAACCUUAUAUAGCCGCGCAUCACCAACUCCUUGCUCAUGCAGAAACCGCGGCACUAUACCGAAAGAGAUACCAGAAAUUUCAAGGUGGUAAGAUUGGAACAACCUUAAUUGGUAGAUGGUUCGAACCACUAGAAAUAACUAGCACUCCUGACAAUGCGGCUGCAAAACGAGCAUUCGAUUUCAUCGUCGGAUGGUUUUUGGAUCCGUUGGUAUACGGAGAUUAUCCAAAGAUAAUGAAAGAGCUCGUUGGAGAAAGAUUGCCAAAAUUCACACCUCAAGAAUCAAUUUUGGUUAAAGGAUCACUUGAUUUUCUAGGAUUGAACUAUUACGUUACACAAUAUGCAACCGACGCACCUCCUCCUCUUCCGACAGAACCCAAUGCCUUAACCGAUCCACGAGUUACUCUUGGAUUUUAUCGCAAUGGAGUUCCUAUUGGUGUUCAGACUGCUAGCUUCGUCUACUAUCCUUCAGGGUUCCGAAUGAUUCUAAAUCACAUCAAAGACAACUACAAAAACCCACUUACCUACGUCACCGAAAAUGGAGUUGCUGAUUUUGGAAACUUGACGCUUGCUAAUGCUCUAGCCGAUAAUGGAAGAAUUCAAAAUCAUUGCAGCCAUCUUUCGUGUCUCAAAUGCUCCAUCGAGGAUGGAUGCAACGUAGCAGGGUAUUUUGCAUGGUCAUUGAUGGACAAUUACGAAUUCGGAAAUGGUUACACUCUUCGAUUUGGUAUGAAUUGCGUCAAUUUCACUAAUCCUGCUGAUCGAAGAGAAAAAGAUUAA